AUGGCGGACGAUGCAUCGAGCAGUAGCGGUUGCGCCGGUAAUUUAGUGGAUAACUCAAUAAAUCAAGAUGAGUUGAUAAUGAAACAGCAACGAGAAAUAGAAAAAGAGAUAUCAGAGUCAAUACCGCUUGUCGGAGAGCUGGAGGACUUGUCAUCACUAGAAAAGGAAUACAAUGAAGAUCCAGUGUACCUCGCAAAAGUAAAAGAUCUCUCUUCUAAAUAUAAAUAUAUAAGGAGGACACGGCCUGACGGGAACUGUUUUUUCCGAGCGUUUUCUUACGCUUAUUUGGAGCACUUGCUCAGAGAUAAGGCCGAGUACGAAAAGUUCUAUGAAAUAGCAAAGACCUCGAAGGAUAUUCUCGUUGCUUUAGGCUUCUCACAGUUUACAGUCGAAGAUUUUUAUGAGACGUUCAUGGAAGUUGUUAGCCGAGUGGGUGAGCAGGCUGCGGGUCAGCCAGACACAUUGGAGGAUGUUCGCACUGAGUUGCAUGAUAAAUUCAACAAGCAGGGCUACUCUGACUACAUUGUUGUAUACCUGCGCCUUAUCACCUCAGGCCAACUUCAGACACAACACGAGUUUUAUCAGAAUUUCAUUGAGGGCCCCAGGACUGUGACCGAAUUUUGUAGACAGGAAGUAGAGCCUAUGUACAAGGAGUCUGACCACAUCCACAUCAUAGCUCUGAGCAAUGCUCUUAAUGUUGGAGUUAGAGUCAAGUAUAUGGACCGCGGUGAAAGUAACCAGGUAAUAGCACAUGACUUCCCAGAGGGUACGAAGCCACUGGUGCACUUGUUGUACCGGCCUGGCCACUACGACAUCUUGUACAAGUGAUUGCCCUAUGACCGCUCUUAUUUAUAAUACAUUGUGAUGAUGCUGAUACC